GCACCGCCUUCCCACACUCUUUGGCUCUCCUCGCGGCUGAAGCGUUUCCUUUUCACCCUGUUGUCGCCUUCUCUGCCUCUUCUUUUCCUUUCUCCUUCUGCUGCUCUGCGGUGUGACGAGGCCAAAUCCUCUCCCCACCCAGCCCGCGACUUUCUCCUUUUACCCGCGCUGCUCCAUUUCUCUCUGGCCGCCGCUGCCACUGCUGCUCAGCUGGUGUCGGUGCCGCGCUUUUCUCCCCACGUCGUCCCCGCAGCCUAUGGCCCAGGCCGCCUUGGGUAUUUCUGCUCAAGGUAACCACAUCCCUCUUUAAAAAUUCCGCCGAAAAAGAGAAGACGCUUUACCCGACUCUUUGGGCCGUUAUCUCACGGCGAACUUUCUGACCAAGUAUACAACUACCCAGAAGGCCUAGGAGAAGUGCUGUAUAGAGAGCAGUUUGACUUUAACGCCGAGCCACCUUGGGAACCUAGCUGAUGAUAGGGGGGUUCCAUCUCCUAACUUGUCCAUGGAGGUCUUCACUUCAGAAAUCCAAGACUCAUAUUCAUCCAGCUUGGUGUCAAGUGGGCUGUUGCUGCCAGAAUUAUCUUGUGAUUAUUUGAAAGAUGUAUCAGUUUCUUCUGAAGUACAAUCAACUGUAGAAGCCUUUGUAGCAGGUGUGUAACAAGUUUGUUGCAUAUUCUAAGGACCCAGACAUAGGCUUGGUGGCCCGUCUCUUGUUUUUCCUGGUUUAUGACUUUCGGCUUUGUGGAAUACGGCUGAGAUGAAAGGAUUUAUUGACGAUGCAAACUACUCUGUUGGCCUGUUGGAUGAAGGAACAAACCUUGGAAAUGUUAUUGAUAACUAUGUUUAUGAACAUACUCUUACAGGGAAAAAUGCAUUUUUCGUGGGGGAUCUUGGAAAGAUUGUGAAGAAACAUAGUCAAUGGCAGAAUGUAGUGGCUCAGAUAAAGCCAUUUUACACAGUGAAGUGCAACUCUACUCCAGCUGUACUUGAGAUUUUGGCAGCUCUUGGAAUUGGAUUUGCUUGUUCCAGUAAAAAUGAAAUGGCUUUACUGCAGGAAUUGGGUGUAUCUCCAGAAAAUAUCAUUUACAUAAGUCCUUGCAAGCAAGUUUCUCAGAUAAAGUAUGCAGCAAAAAUUGGAGUAAAUAUCAUGACAUGUGACAGUGAGAUUGAAUUGAAGAAAAUCGCACGUAACCAUCCAAAUGCCAAGGUCUUACUACAUAUUGCAACAGAAGAUACUAUUGGAGGUGAAGAGGGUAGCAUGAAGUUUGGCACUACACUGAAGAACUGUAGGCAUCUCUUGGAAUGUGCUAAGGAACUUGAUGUCCAAAUAAUUGGGGUCAAAUUUCAUGUUUCAAGUGCUUGCAAAGAAUCUCAAGUAUACGUACAUGCUCUAUCUGAUGCUCGAUGUGUAUUUGACAUGGCUGGAGAAUUUGGUUUUACAAUGAACAUGUUAGACAUUGGUGGAGGCUUUACAGGAACUGAAUUUCAAUUGGAAGAGGUUAAUCAUGUUAUCAGCCCUCUGUUGGAUAUCUACUUUCCUGAAGGCUCUGGCAUUAAGAUAAUUUCAGAACCUGGAAGCUACUAUGUGUCUUCUGCAUUUACACUUGCAGUUAAUAUCAUUGCAAAGAAAGUUGUCGAAAAUGAUAAAUUUUCCUCUGGAGUAGGAAAAACCGGGAGUGAUGAACCAGCUUUUAUGUAUUAUAUGAAUGAUGGUGUUUAUGGUUCUUUUGCAAGUAAACUAUCUGAGGACUUAAAUACCAUUCCAGAGGUUCACAAGAAAUACAAGGAAGAUGAGCCUCUCUUUACAAGCAGCCUUUGGGGUCCAUCCUGUGAUGAGCUUGAUCAGAUUGUGGAAAACUGUCUACUUCCUGAGCUGAAUGUGGGUGAUUGGCUUAUCUUUGAUAACAUGGGAGCAGAUUCUUUCCAUGAACCAUCUGCUUUUAAUGAUUUUCAGAGGCCAGCUAUUUAUUACAUGAUGUCAUUCAGUGAUUGGUAUGAAAUGCAAGAUGCUGGAAUUACUUCAGACACAAUGAUGAAGAACUUCUUCUUUGUGCCUUCUUGCAUUCAGCUGAGCCAAGAAGACAGCUUUUCCACUGAAGCUUAAACAGGCAUUCACGCUUCUUUAGAUCUGAAGUUAGCAGGUUAAGCUUGUCUGGUCUACAUUCCGGUGAAAAAAAAUUAAACAAUCUUAUUCUGUUAAUUCUCUUGGAAACAAAAAUUAAUAGUAAUAGCUAUUUGGGACCAGACGAAAUCAGCUUUCAUUUAUAAUUCAUUUUGGGGGUAAUGGGAGAUUUAGAUAAUGUAUCCAGAUUUAAACUUACCAGUUUGAACAGCCCCUUAAGUGUUUAAAAUAAAAUAUGCAACAAAAUGGAUGACUUAGUGGAGAUGGAAGCCCACUAAUUGGGUUCCCCAUUAAACCGUUUACAUACAAGUACACAGUUUUUAUACUAAGGAUUCGUGUUAAAAAGUCUUGUAAAGUUAAUGUCUUUCACCCAGAUAUAUCAGAUGUCAGUGGAAGGCAAACGUGACUUCAUUAGAUACGUUUAGUGUAUUUAGAAUGUGUAAAUUUGUGCUUUGAACUGUAGUUUAAUAAAUGUAAAAUUGCAUCAUAGUAUUUGUUGUAUUUGACCUAAUGUAACCCUUGUAUGAUUGCAAUAAAAUUUUGUGUAGAUUUUACUGUUUUUUCAGGCUAAAACUUUGGGAAAGGGGCUAGAUAGGAAAGGUAGUUUUGAAAUAGAUGUGUAUAUGGUCUGUUUUGAGGGUUAUUUUUCUUUAUAGCCCAUUUAAGUUUAGUUUGGCUUAGUCCAUUUUGGUUUUUUUCAGUUAUUUAAUUAGUAAUUUAAAGUGUGGUAAAUCAUUGUGAAGUUCAGAUUCAUUAAUGGAGAGUUGAUGUGCAUUAAGCAUGAUGUUUAACCAUUUUAACACCAAAAACCGUUAAUCCUGCAUAAACCAAUUGUAACAAUUAGUAGGUGUUUCUGUAUAGGUAGAAUGCAUAGAGUACCUUAGUAAAUCUUUGAAUCACAAAUCUUUCGGCUGACAUGGAAGAUUCUAUUAAAUACUUUGAAUAAACUUGGUUGGGGGGGAGGGAGAUAAAAUUGCAGAAAACUGCAGAGCACUAAAACUUAAAGAAGGGCUACAUCUAUAACCAGAAAUCUGAUGCUCUUUUGCACAGAAUAUUUAAAUUCAGAAUGGGGAGGGGGUCUGGGGUGAAGCACACUUAAUUUUUUCUUUUUUCUUCAAUUUUUUAAUUGCAGUGAUUUCAAAUUUUAGGAUUCUCUUUUUGUUAUUGGUUUGAACUAUUCCCUUAGUUUCUUGUUGUUUUUCUAUUUGUUCAGCUUAGUAAUUCCUUUAAAAUCUUUCAUACUAAAAUUUUAUGGUGGUUGGGGAAGGGACUUAGCAGCACUAACCUGACAGUUGUCAGGAAUUUGCUUUGUUCACUGCUAGUGUAUUAGUAAUCCUAGAUCUCAGAAUCACAAUAGUAAUAAAACAAACAACAGGGGUCAUUUUUUCCUAACUUACUCUAUGUUCAGAUGUGGAAUUUCUGUCCCCCAAGAGGAAAUGUAACUUCACUUUGGUGCCAAUGGACAGAAAAUUCUACCUGUGCUACAUAGGAGAAGUUUGGAAUGCACUUAAUAGCUGGUUUUUACACCUUGAUUUCAAGGUGGAAAGAAAUCGAUCAUGAAUCUCUAAUUUCAAUCUCAAACCGGUAGGUGCUUAAUGUUUUUGAUUUAAUUAAUGCCCAUUUUUGAAUUUCAUGGGUUCUACUAAAAAAUUUAGGACCCCAGUCCAUUGUCCUCUAAUUGCCCUUGGACUUUACCAAGGUAUAAUGGGGUUUUAUGCAAAAUUCCAAUUUACCAUGCAAUCUUUUUUUCUUAUUAACUGAAAUGAGAAUAAAUAACACUCUACCUUCUUCAUAUAUUGUUGGUUAUUGUGGUCCAGAAAUGCCAAAUCCUUUAAAAGAUAUGGUACAAGUUUUGAGUCAUUUGGCUUAACUUUACAGGCUUGAGCUUCAUGGCAUGUCAAUUUUGCCAUCCUAUAGGAGAGCAACAGUUCAGAGUUGCAGGUAUCACAUGUGAAUGAUGUAUGUGAAUGAAACUUAAGAAAUGUCUGUAUUGUAUUUGAAGACUGUUUACCAUAAAUCUGAAGUUUGAACCUAUGUAUUUCAAUUUGGUAUGCUAACAACUGAAUUAAUGUAAAAUCUUUUUAUAUACUAUUGUAAUCUCAGUUCAAAAUUUAACUGAAAAUAUAAAACCCAAAUGAUUUCUAUAUAGUAAAUUGAACUGUAAAGGUAACUUGUGUGUGGUUCUGAAUACACAGAUAAAAUGUU